AUGGACACAAAUCACACUAUUUUAUUAAUACAGGCGUCGGCUGCAGCAGAUACAAGAACAUGGUCGGAUUACAAUUCUACAGAAUUGUGUCUUGAAGCCGUUUGCAAGAUCUACGAAGAGCAUCUGAAGAAGGUGCGGCAAAAGUUGACGGUGACAUACGAUGUGGACGACUUGUUCGAGUUUCUGAAUAGACUGACAGACCUCUCGUGUAUGGUACUGGACACCAGAAGGAACGUUUACAUUCCCCGGUCUAGAGAAUGGAUAAAGGCACAGUUGUUCAAUCUCCUCUCCAAGAAUCACAACUUCUGA